GCUUGCUUGGCUGUAGCAUGGAGCAAGACGUCAUUUGCACUCACCCUGUUACGGCUGGAGAGCGGCUGGAAGUACUGGUUCCUUUGGUUUCUGAUCAUCACAAUGAAUAUCAUUAUGAACUUGGUCAUUGUUUUUUCUUUUGUUAAAUGCACGCCAGCAAAAAAAGUUUGGCACUCUAGUCUUCCAGGGACCUGUUGGAACCCGUUGGUUGCAACAUAUUACAACGUCUUUGCCGGUGCUUAUUUGGGACUAGUCGAUCUCAUCCUCUGCGUUUUUGCUUGGACAAUCAUUUGGAAGCUUUCGAUGCGAACACGAGAGAAAAUUGGUGUUGGAAUUGCUUUGACCUUUGGCAUCUUUGCAGCCGCGGCAGCAGGAGCUAAGUGCUUUGGGAUGCUUGGUCUUAGCAGCCCAAACCGCACUUUGGCUCGUGCUGGAAUUUUCAUAUGGUCCAUGGUUGAGAUUGCGGUCACUAUCAUGGCUGCUUCCAUUCCGAUUAUGCGCAUACUCGUCUUACGUGUCUGUCGCCGCAACAGACACCAAAUCUCCAACCGGCCCCUGCGCCGUCUUCGUACUAUUAGUAGUCGAGAUAAGAGGCCUUCUGCAAAUGUCAGGACUUCAAGUGAUAACAAUAAUACAGGAGCUGGUGAAGUUUCAGCGAGGGAAGACGGCCUCAGCAACGUCACCUUGAUACCCAGUAUAGACUCAAUUAGGCAAAACGACAUAGACAUGUACAGGAUUGAUACGACAUUAUCAGUUGUCUAAAUAGCGAAUUGGCCAAGUAGGGCAUUUUCAGAGUAAAUGGUUAGCUCUUUAUCUACAAGUUAUAGCGAAGCUGUGACUUUAGCAGCUUUAUUGU